GUCUCGAGUCAGUCGCUCCGACGUUUCCCUCCGACUCGCGUUGGACGUCGCGCUGGUCAUUAGUUUUUAAUUGUGCUAAAAUGGGAGCUAAAUUAAAUAUAUUAAUUUUUUUAACGAUCAUCUAUAAUUGCAACGGUCAUGUACCCAUACUUGGUGACUUGUUUAACGGUGCGCAAAGUGUUCUUGGCGGACUAACCCAGGGUUUGAAUGUGAACUUCGGAGGGCAGUUCGGUCUUAAUAAGAAACCGCCUCCAAAGCAACCCGAAGAAACCAUUAUUGUUGUCGUGGAAGAUAAUCAGGAAACGCAGCCACAACAAGACUACAGGCCAAACCAAAAUGGAUACAAUGGUAACAACGGGUAUGGAAAUAGACCACAUCAACAUGGGAACGGAAAUCAUUACGGAAACGGCUAUGGAAACGGCUACGGUAACGGAAAUCAUUACGGCAACGGCUAUGGUAACGGAAAUAAUGGCGUGAACCGGCCAUAUGGAAAUGGACGACCACCGAAUAAUAACUACGGAAACGGUAACGGCUACGGCAACGGUAAUGGAUACGGUAACGGGAAUGGAUACGGAAACGGCAACGGAUACGGUAACGGAUAUGGAAACGGAAACGGUAAUCAUCGCCCAGGUCACGGACACAGACCUAAUAAAUAUCCUGGCUAUAAUCCGAAUCAAGGAAACUUCGAGCAACCUAAUAACCCCACAGAAUCCAACGGUAACGGAUACAAUAAUCAAAAUCAAGGUAACAACAACGGAUACAACAAACCAAAUCAAGGAAAUAACAAUUUCAAUAUACCCUGGCCCAAUCAGGGAAACAACAACUUCAACAACCCUCGACCAGACCAAGGUUUCAAUAACCAGAACAAUCAAGGGAACAACUUCAACAACCCCCGACCAGACCAAGGUUUCAAUAACCAGAAUAACCAAGGUAACCCUAAUAACGGUUUCACAACUCUUCAGAAUGGCCAAACCUUCCCUACGGUACCUACAUUACCCACUGAACCAGUAUUUACAUCUAAAAAGCCCCCAGUAACUACAGCCCCCGACACAGAUGUCCCGUUAUUCGUACCUCUAAACCCUAACGAGACGGAAAGUGGUGGGGAUAAAACUAACACAGACCCCAAAAGAGAAACCGGAGAAGAGGAUGACGAAAAUUUUGAGAUAGACAUUAGGAUAAAAGAGGAAUAGAUUCAAGUCUACUUCGCAGAAUUACCUCGUAAGACUGUUCAUUAUAAUAAUAAAUAUACAAAUACAAUAAAAA